ACUUGAGAGAGAGCGAGGUGCGUGCCCCCCCAGCCCCCCAACUUGAGAGAGAGCGAGGUGCGGCGGCGGGCGGCUCCGUGGCCAACCGAGAAGUCGUGGACCCCCCCCCACCCACCACCACCAUGGCUGUGCACAAGCGUGAUGCUCAUGGUUGGACGAUCGCCGUCUCUGCGGCCCCUACGGCGUUGCUGCCGAGGACGCGCAGCGGCGGCGGCGGUGGCGGCGGCGGCGAGUGGCUCGGCGAUGGUUGGUUCUGUCGGCGAGCACCUAUUCAGGCCAGCAAAGCACACGUCAGCUGGAACACGCGGCAGCACGCGAGAGCCUACAAGAUGUCUGAAGAAUCACCUCCCGAGCGCCACCGCCCAAGCGUCGGACCGUUAGGCGCGAGGCUUCACGCGCGGACGGCGGGACGAGGAGAAAAAUCGGUGGCGGGCCCCAGUGGUCCUGUCGCGCCCGCCGGUGGCCGCCGGUCCGGGUGGUGGCGGCGCGGGGUCCCGUUUCCGGGGCCUCGGACGGCACGUUUCCCGUCGAGCGCGCUUUUCGCAUCGACCGUCCGCCAUUGCUUCCAACCACGCCCAGCAUCAACCCACUCAGAAGCGAGGAGCACGGUUUUCGGGCCCUUGUGCCUUCAUCCGUCAACUGCGCGGAGCGAGGGAGCGCCGCCGCCGCUGCUGCUGCUGCUGCCGCUGCCGCUGCCGCUGCCGCCACCGCACUCAGCUCUGCAAGUCGGAGACGUGUGACCGUGCGCGCAUGCACGUGAGAGCGCGAGCGCGGGCACACGCAAGCACGCACGAGGCAAAGACGCGGACUUGCGUCGAUCCGUCACGCGCAGGCGCGAGGGUACACCCUUCGGUGGCACCCGCACGCCCACGUGCGCACCCGCCUCACCCUCUUGCCAGCCUGCCUGCCCGCUCCGCGCAAGUCGCAAGCGCACGUGCACCCCCCAAAGCUCUUGCACGCGAGCUGCCACGUGAGCGCGAAUGCACGGUGCAGGUGGACGUGCUCGUGGUGGCCCGAGGACACCCAUCUUCCCGCGCGUGCCGUGCGCACGCUCGCAGGCGCAGCAGCGUGGCCUGAGCGAGCCGCGCUUGACUCCGCGAUGCUGAGUCGAUGCAGCCUGACGGACUGCCUGCCUGCCUGCCUGCCUCGCUGCCUGAGAGGCAAUUCCCUGUCACCAACCUAAAUGGCUGCAUUUCUGCCUAAGUUGCUGCCCGGACGGCUGGUUUAGUGAUUGUCUACUGGAUCAGCCUACAAGACUGCAUGCCUGCCUAUGUGGUUGCCUGAUUUCCUAAAUUACCGCCCGCCCGCCCGCCCACCAACCUUGAUGGCCGGAUUCCUAAGUGGCUGGCUGCCUAUCUGCCUGGCUAAGUGACUGAAUGCCUGCAUGGCUGCCUUUACCCCACCCGCCACCCCGACACCCACCCACACACCCAACCUUUCCGCUGUAGGUAGGGUGUCACGCACGCACAUCCCACGCGCACGCUACGUGCAGGCACGCGCACACGCUCACGCCCUCGCCACACAUCGCGCACACGCGCGCACACCAGGGAAUAGUGCUGCGCCACACUGUGGCAGACCGUGGUGGCCAAUUAACAGUGUGAGCGUGUGGGAAAUGCUGGUAUU